AACAUGAAAAAUCCAUUACAUAAUAUUAAAGUGUAAAGUUAUUACUCGUAUUUAUUUGCUCAUGCAAUAGAGUGAAAUACAAGAGAUAACUAAUUGACAAGACAUUUUCUACAAAAUUCAAAAUACGAAAUUAUUACGCACUUGUCGUGUUUCCGUUAUCAAUGACAGCAGUAAUGCUGUUAAUUAGCAGCCAUUUGAUUGCUUGCUCUCUCAUUUCCAUUAUUUUUAUGGCCGAAAAUUCUGCUAAUGAUGCCUCACUCUCUCAGAAGCAUAAACAAAUCAAUGCUUUUAAGUGAAUAUGCGCAACGGUAUACACAUAUGCACAUAAGUUUGCAUAUACGGAAAACCCAAACAAAUGGAUGGAAUAGAAAUCUAAAUUUUAUGAUCGCCAGGUGCUUCAGAAAAAUUUCAAGGCGAAAGAAACGGCAUGAUCAUCUUGCUGACAAUUUUUUUUAGACGGCAAUUGUAUCAAACUCUUCGUACUUUAUCUCUAUUUUAUUACAAUUAAUUUUAAUUAAUGUAGGACAAUCUUGGUAAUGGAUUCUUCAGGUUCGUCGGGCAGGCAACUUUAUACUAUUACUAAGCAACUAUACAGAGCCAAGCAACGCGUACAUCACCGAAAUAAUAUUAUAACAAUUGGUUAACGGCUUUUUGUUGCUUUCCUGCCAAUUAUAAAGAGGCUAUCACUGCCAUCAUUGCUUGAAUAUACAUGAUAUUAAACAAUUAAAAGUAGCAGCAAUACUUUAUAUAACCUAUAAUAGCAAUGAGUAAGGCUACAGGUCCACCACCUCCACAAUAUACGUACGUUCCACCACCAUCCGCCCCUCCUUCCUAUCAGGAAGCAGUGGGCGGUGUUAAACCAGUGGGACCAUUUACGCCAGUUACAGCACCGACAACAGCUAACGCCGCCAUUGUAACUACGGUGGUACCAAUUGGCCGUACAGCCACCCACAUGAUAUGUCCUUCAUGUCAUGCUGAAAUUGAAACAACUACACGCACUGAACCCGGAAUGAUUGCAUAUUUGUCUGGUUUUGUAAUUGCUUUGCUGGGAUGUUGGCUGGGGUGUUGUCUGAUACCGUGUUGCAUUGACGAGUGUAUGGACGUGCAUCACACAUGCCCCAACUGCAAGGCAUACCUGGGCCGCUAUCGUCGAUAAACCGGCUUUUCUAAUAACCAACGUAACACGUUUAUCAUUCGCAAGCGGAUUUUUCCUUUAUUUCUCUAAUUUUAUGCUUAGUACAAGUAUAGCCAGCAGAUGAAUACGACAAACGUACCCUCGAUGUUUGCCGCAAUCAUCUUGUUUCCUUUAAAACAUAUUAAAGUAAAUUUACUUUUAAUCGAAAGAAUGCUUCUACGACGAAACUUCUAAUUAUUAUUCUUAUUGUUAUAUUAAUCUUUUUCUUAUUGUUAUUUUAUUUGUCUCCUAUAAAUUUGAAUUUCUUAUCUACUUCAUAUAUUGACAGCUGGAAACUGAUAUACUUACAAAGAUAGAUAUUUUGCACAAUUAUAAAGAAAUUGCUCAAAUUUUUUAAUAUAUUUUAUAUGACUAAAUUAUCUUUAAAAUAAUACACUUUUCUUAUACCAUUAUGCAACAUAUGCAAUGCAUGACUCAAUAUACAUUGGCGUGAUUAAGUGAGAAAUUGAGUAACAAAAUUUUUUGGAAUAAACGUAAGCUUUUAAUAAA